AUGGGUCUAAUGGUGGGGCGUAUGCUCAGGGAGGCGGUCAAGGUGGAGGUGGUGGUGGAGGACAAUAUGGGGGUUCUGGAUCUGGUUAUGGUUCAGGUUCUGGGUACGGUCAAGCCGAUGGGUACGGGUCCAAUGGUGGGGCAUAUGCUCAGGGCGGCGGCCAAGGUGGAGGUGGCGGUGGAGGACAAUAUGGAGGGUCUGGGUCUAGCUCCGGCUCGGGUUCUGGGUAUGGUCAGGCUGGUGGAUAUGGUCCUUAUGGAAGAGGCUAUGCUCAGGGAGGUGGCCAGGGUGGAGGUGGUGGCGGAGGACAGAAUGGAGGGUCAGGACAAGGUUCCGGUGCUGGCUCUGGGUAUGGGCAGGCUGGUGGAUAUGGUCCUUAUGGUGGUGGAUAUGCUCAAGCCGGUGGCCAAGGUGGUGGGGGUGGAGGAAGUGGUCCAGGUGGCAGUGGAUAUGGAAGCGGCUCAGGGAGUGGGUCCGGGAGUGCUGGCAGUGGCCACCCAUAGAACUUUCUGA